CCAGAGAGUGUGUUGUGCGGGAUGCUCCGGGUCCGCGGCAGAGUCCUGCGCUGGGGCUUGGAGUUCACCAUCCGCCGCGCCCCUCAGUCUGUCUCCAGUUGGCUGGGAUGGGGUCCCCGGGCCAGGGGCCACCCCUGUAGCUCCAGCAGCCAGAACCCCAGCGGCUCUGAGCCCCCAGAGAAAGUUCACAGGAUUCCCGCCCAGUACAAGCCUUCGCAAUUCGACAAGAAAAUCCUGCUGUGGACCGGGCGUUUCAAAUCCAUAGACGAGAUUCCGCCCCUAGUACCGCCUGAAAUGAUAGAUGUUGCCAGAAACAAAGCUCGAGUGAAAACUUGUUACAUAAUGAUUGGGCUCACAAUCAUCGCCUGCUUUGCUGUGAUUGUAUCCGCCAAGAGGGCUGUAGAACGACAUGAAUCCUUAACAAGUUGGAAUCUGGCAAAGAAAGCCAAGUGGCGUGAAGAGGCUGCGUUGGCUGCACAGGCUAAGGCUAAAUGAUGCUCUAAGUGUCAAAGCAUUCUCUCAGACGCCAUUACUAUUAGCAAUAAUAAAAGAUUGAUAAAACGUU